AAUUGUUUUAAUAUCACCAUGCGCGUGCACAGGCUGCUGCUUGAGUUGCGUGCGAACACUAGUUGCAAAGAGUAUUUCAUACGCUCAUGGUGAACUUCACAAGGUUUGUCGAAGCUGGUCGCGUUGUAUUCAUCGCUUCUGGACCUUAUGCCAAAAAGAUCGCAAUUAUUGUAGAAAUAAUUGACCAAAGGCGUGUCCUUAUCGAUGGACCUUGCUCAGGUGUCCCAAGACAAGAAAUAAACUUGAAUAGACUCCACUUGACGAAAUUGAAAUACAAGUUUCCUCAUGGAUGUGGGACCAAUUCAGUUGAAAAACAUUGGAAAAAAUUCGACAUAACCAAGGAUUGGGAAAACACUGUAUGGGCACGAAAGCUUCAUCGCAAGUCUUUGCGAGCAGCCAUGACCGACUUCGACCGGUUCAAGGUUAUGGUAGCCCGUAAGCAGCGCAACAACAUUUUAAAACAGUUCAAAUUGAAGAAACCCGUGGGCAAGGUAGCAAAGCCUACCAAAAAGGCUGUAAAAAAGUGAAACUAUAAAUAAAUGAUCUCGAACCU